AUGCCAUCCUGGCAGACACAAACCGAAGCACUACCCACCCAACAUGCCGGUACUGAAAGAUUUGACAUGUCCUGGAAUUUCGAGGAUGAUCAAGUGCCGACGGUGGAACGACCGAAUGACACUCCAUCGGCUGACCCGCACGUGCUAAGCCAAGCAUUUGACAUGUGUUGGGACACUCAGGUCAAUCCAGCAGCGACUGAUCCGGCGGAAGCAGCCAUACCACUGAAAGCAGGUGAAUAUAAUCUAUGUUGGAAUGCCGAGGAAGGUCUACCAAAGGUCAAUGUGGCGCUGAUCCACCAGCCGGACAUCAAAGAGAAUGAGACCAUCGCUAUCGCAAUACCCAGCGGAGCCGGUCAAUACAAUAUGUGUUGGAAUGACCGUGCAUCUGCAGAAGCAAUGGGAUAUAUAGGCAAUUUUGACAUGUGCUGGGGUGAUUCACCAUUGGCAGGAGAUGAUCACCUUGAAAGUGGUUCUAUUGCUGCACCAGUGACUAACUUGAUCAAUGCAGCAGACACUCCGGCACCGUAUGAUCUGUGUUUUGAGAAUAUAUCGCCGACCACAUCUCCGGCACCGAGGGAUGGCUCACCGAGUCAGACAGUCGAGGCAGGCGAGGAAUUGCUGUGCCGAGCAAAUUCCAGGCUAGAAAAUAUUGAUGCUGCAAUGCAUAGGUCUAUAUUUCUUCUCAUCAUUGAACUGAUGCCAAGGAUCCCCGUGUUACAGGAGAUGACCGACGGCAAGGUUGCAGAGAUCUCUUGGACGCCAACCAGGAUUUGA